CUGUGUUAGUUCCAUGUUGUUUACCGUCUAGACUCCCCGCUUUGUUUACUGGAGCUUUGAGGAGUGAAUAUGGAGAAACUCGUCUUCUUGGCUAUCGUUUCCUAUGCAGUUUUCUUCUUUCUUCAUGUGCAAGCUCUUGACUGCGGGAACAGACCAUCAACAAUAAAAGCCCAACGGAAAUGCUUCUCAAACGAGGGGCUUGAAAUGGAUUCUAAGAAAAUAAGCGAAGUCGGAAUAAUCGUUCCGUUGAAUUUAACAACCGCCUGCAGAAACAAGGACAAAUACAAACAAGCCAUUAUUUGCGCUUUUGGCAUCAGAAAACAGUGUUUAAAGAGCGUGGAUGAGAGUACAAGCAUCUUGCCAGAUGAUUCCAGCCUGGUUGAAGGCACUGACUACGUGUGCCAGCAUGUGAAAGCUCUUGAAGACAGUUGCCUGCACAAGGCUGAUAAAGGAAUGAAAAAGUGCGCCGAAACAAAGAAGCAGAGCCAAAGAAACUAUGAUGCUGAUAGUCAAAACAUCGUGUGCAGCUCUUUACAGAUUGCCUAUGAGUGUGCACAAGAGAAGCUUGAAGUCUGUUCUAGCGAGACCCUUCAGGCAGUUCUAGACAUUAUCGACAAAUAUUUUAGACCACCUGCUUGCUCGCCCUUUGACAACAAACCAAACUCGCUCACUUCACUGCCUGUCGUGAACUGUUCCAAUCACUCCAGUGUUCAUCAGGGCCAAGAGGAGUGUUUCACUCGCGAAGGCCUUCACCGAAGUUUACCGCGAGUGGUCAAAGUCAGUCCAAGCAAAGUGUCAUUCAGUCUCCUACCCUUGACAUCGAUGGGCUGCAGAAGAUAUGCAGUGAUCAGAGCCGCUUCCAGAGGGCCAUGAUGUGUGUCACACAGGUCAGCAUACAAUGUCUGCCAGCAGAGUACAGAGACUACAUUCCAUCUGCCGAAAAUCAAAAAUUGACCGUAAAAUCGAUUUGUGACAAUAUCAAUGUGAUCAAUUUUAAGUGUGUUGAGGCACUUGGCGUUCGCCUAUCUGACUGUUUCUACCAAAAAGGAGUCAGCUAUCCAAAAAAUGUUUCAAUUACUACUGAUUCAGUUUGCUACGCCUACGCCGGCUACAUGGAGUGCUUCAGUGAAGUCCUGCCCACCUGUGGAUGUCCCACGACGAAGGUGUACGUCGAGACUUUCAAGCUUUACCAGAAACCACCUGCCUGCAGUCCAGUCACCGUGAAGACUCCAG